GAUGCACAGGGAGCCUCUCAGGUUUGCUGGUGUCUGGCUUAGUCCAAGGAGGGGUCCAAGGGUCUUGUACCCCCACCUCAGCUGGGACCCCAAACCUUCUCAACUCACCUCUCUCUCUCCCACAAGCCCUUCCACUCAGAUUGGCUAUGGAGCAGGGUUCAGGACCUUCCCAGGUGCUGCAGCCCAGCCAGGAUACGGAAACGGGCUGGGAGCAGGGGCCUUCCCAGUGGCCGGAGCCCAGCCAGGAUUGGGGAGCAGAAGUAGUUUGGGCGCUGGCAUUCUUCCUGGGGCAGGAACCCCACCAGGUGAGGGUGGCUGGGCAGGGGCCACAGGGAGGGGCAGGCAGGAGGGCUUUGGAGGGAGUGGAAAACUCCAGAAGCCAGGCCCCACUGCUCAAAAUGGCUAUGAACCAGGCUAUGGCGGGGCCAUGAAAUCCCAGAAGCCAGGCUUUAGAGGGGGCAUGAAGGCACAGGAUCCAGGAUUAGGGAAUGGUAAUGGGAUGGGCGCUCAGCCAGGUGAAAGAGUCUUGACAGCCCAGAAUGGAUUUGGAUUUGGAGCAGGCCUUGGAGGGAGUGUGAAGCCUCUGAAGCCAGGAUAUGGGAAGAGGCUGGGAGCAGGGGCCUUCCCUGAGGCUGGAACCCAGCCAGGAUAUGGCCACAGAAAUGGACCGGGAGUCCAGUCAGGCCUGGGAGCUCCAAAUGGCUAUGGACCAGGCUAUUCAGGGGUUGUGAAGGCCCAGAAGCCAGGCGUUGGAGAGGGCAUGAAACUUCAGAAGCCAGGGUGCAAGAAUGGGCUGGGGCUGGAGCCUUCCUGUGGGAAGGAGCCUAGCCAGGCUUGCGAGGGACUUUGA